GCACCAGGGGGCCUCUUUGUGUGAGUCAAACACCUCUGAACUUCAAGGCAGCAAGAUGAGAAGUUGUGUCUGAGCGGUGGAGCCAAAGCCCACCCAGAAGAGGGGGCUGCUCAGUGGGUCAUAUAAAACUUCCCCCAGAGUGGAAGAACUAUUAGUUGGCAGCUCAGGAAAGAACUUAGACAGAGCAAUAAAAAAGGAACACCAGCAAACAGCAAUGGCAUCUUUAGGGCUGCAGAUUCUGGGCAUCGGGCUGGCGGUGCUUGGAUGGAUUGGAAACAUACUGAUCUGUAUGCUGCCCCUGUGGAGGGUGUCAGCUUUUAUUGGGAACAACAUUGUUGUGGCUCAGACCAUCUGGGAAGGACUGUGGAUGAGCUGUGUGGUGCAGAGCACAGGCCAGAUGCAGUGCAAGGUCUAUGACUCGCUGCUGGCCCUGCCUCCGGACCUUCAGGCAGCCCGGGCCAUGGUGGUUAUUGCCAUCCUAUUCUCUCUGUUCGGCUUGCUGCUCUCUGUGGUCGGAGGGAAAUGCACCACCUGCAUUGGGGACAAAAUGGCAAAAGCCAGAGUAGCAAUCUCGGCAGGCGUUUUCUUCAUCCUGAGUGGGGCUCUGUGUCUGGUGACUGUGUCUCUGCCUGCUAAUACUAUCAUAAAGGAUUUCUACAACCCCUUGGUUCCUGAUGCCCAGAGGAGAGAGCUGGGUGCGUGUUUGUACAUGGGCUGGGGAGCAUCAGGACUGCUGUUGAUCGGUGGUGCUCUCCUCUGCUGUCAUUGCCCACCAGGAAGAGACCGCUAUAACGGAGCAAAGUUCUCCCCGCCUAAAUCCACAACACCAGGGAAGGAGUUUGUCUGAGCUGCUGCAUUUUACGAGGCAGCUCCUUUUAAGAAAGUGCCUGACUGUAUAGACUGUAUAUGUAGUACAAACUUAUUGCUUAAAAAUGUCUGGUUUGUGUUGUAAUUAACUUCUUUGACUAACACAUUAUGACCUUUUGUUUCUGAAAGACACAAGGAACUCUAAGGUAUGUGGCAUAUUAGAUUAAUGCUGCAGCUUAAUCCAUUUAUUUUUACUUUGUCCUUAUUUUGUGCUUUAAUUUCUAUAUUAACUUCCUCUGUUUUCAUUACUUUUCAAAAUAGGCUUUUCAAAAAGAUUAUUUGUCAUGUGAGAUUUAUGUUUUGAUUGA